UGGUGUUUCAAUGGAUUUCCAUUCACAAUCAGAGUGAAAAGUGGACCAAAGGGCCAGUUAAAAUCUGGACAAAAGAUAGAACGUGGCCAGAAGAUGUUCCCAGGGAUUCGGCAGAUUGGUCUAGUCUUCAGUUUCCUGCGCUGUCCUAAUUGCCCUUCGGUGCUGAGAUGGUGAGGGUUUCGAGCAGUCUCCCCCAUGCAGCCUGACAGUGCACUCAGACUUCCCACCAAUUACCCCAAGCCCAUGUUGUGUUAGCAGCAUGUCCAACCGUUCCACCAACAUGAACUGUAGUCAGAAUUGCAGCCUCUAUGACAUGGACUAUUUCGAUAACUACUCUGAUUACCCUGUCAAUAUCUUCCCCAUUCCUAUCUUGACCGGGAUCACCAUUACCUGCAUUCUGUUGGCAUUGAUUGGCAUCAGCGGGAAUGUCAUGACUAUCCUGAUUGUGCUUAAGUUCAAAGAUAUGAGGACCACGACUAACUUCUACCUGUCCAGUAUGGCUUUCUCAGAUCUCUUCAUCUUUGUGUGCAUGCCCCUGGACUUGUACAGGAUUUGGCAGUACAGGCCCUGGAACUUUGGCAACUUGCUUUGUAAGCUGUUCCAGUUUGUCAGUGAGAGCUGCACUUACUCCACCAUUCUCAACAUCACAGCCUUGAGCGUGGAGAGAUACUUUGCCAUUUGCUUCCCACUCAAGGCCAAAGUGGUCAUCACCAAGAGCAGAAUCAAAGGUCUCAUCUUUUUCCUCUGGUCAGUGGCUUUUGUUAGUGCGGGGCCCAUCUUUGUUUUGGUUGGCGUUGAGCACAUAAAUGGAACUGACCCCCUGCUGACGAACGAAUGUAAGGCCACGGAGUACGCGGUCAAGUCCGGCCUCCUGAAUAUCAUGGUGUGGGUGUCCAGCAUCUUCUUCUUCCUGCCCGUCUUCUGCCUUUCGAUACUCUACAGCUUAAUUGGGAGGAAACUGUGGCGACGCAAGAGGGAGAGCGUGAGACCCAGCAUUAGCAGCAGAGAGAAGAACAACAAGCAGACAGUGAAAAUGCUCGCUGUCGUUGUGUUCUCUUUCGUGUUGUGCUGGCUGCCAUUUCACGUCGGCCGCUACCUCUUCACCAAAUCCUCCGAGGUGGACUCCCUUGAGAUGGUCCAGAUCAGCAAAUACUGUAGCCUGGUCUCUUUGAUCCUCUUCUACCUGAGUGCUGCUAUCAAUCCCAUACUUUACAACAUCAUGUCCAAAAAGUAUCGAGUGGCUGCUCUCAAACUGUUCCACGUCAAGAAGGCUCCGAGGAGAACUCCGUCAACAGUGAAGGAUGAGAGCUGCCCAGCCUGGACAGAGACCAGUAUAUGCACUUGAUCGUUGCAGAGCAACCAAGAGUUAUGGUCAUGAUGUCCAUUUGUAGCUAUACACAGCCACUGGUUGCAUGGGCUGUAAGGGUGUUACCCAAACGAGAAGGAGCAUGAAAUGGGCACUGAAUUGGUGGCUACAAGACAAGCAGCAAACAAAAACCUAUAUGAUUCUAAAGG